GUGGGGAAUCAAUUCUGACGAUGGAUCCAUUGUACUCAUUCCCAAAUCCCAAAAUAAGUAGUAGAGUUAGAAGCUCCAUUUCUAGCUUCACUAUCACUAACCAAAAUUAAGCGAUGGCUCAACUUCACAAACUGGAGCUCCAAACCCUAAUAACAUCAUCACCCCAUAAAUUCUUCGAUAUCUACCACAAUAAAACUUACCUCAUGCCUACCAUUUGCCCUGACAAGCUGCAAAGUGUUCAGGUGCUCCAAGGAGACGGAAAGAAUGUCGGCUCUGUUAGGCUUUGGACUUAUGUUAUGGGAGUUCCUGUGAUUGCUAAAGACAAGAUCGUGGGUGUGGACGAAGUGAAUAAGUCGAUCACAUUCGAGCUCAUCGACGGAGAGGUUACGAAGUACUACAAAAGGUUCGUAGCUACACUCGAAGCUGAAGGUGUGAACACUGUAAAAUGGAGUCUGGAAUAUGAGAAGGCUAGCGAAGAUGUGCCGCAUCCACACUCUCAUCUCCAAUUUCUUGGGGCUAUGGCCACAGACAUUGAUGCUUACCUUCUCAAAACCAAAAUAAACUGAUCCAGAAUUAAUGUCUUGCUAUUAUAAUUGCUACUUGUGAAAUCUGGGUGCUGUCUGUGAUUUGCUUGUCCGAAUUCAAAUUGUUGCAUUGUGUAUGUACCAUGCGUGAUUAUGAUGUGAUUCUAUAAUAUGUGGGUUUACCUACACCA